AUGGAGAUAGAUCGUACAAGAACCCGCAGGGAAAGGACCUUCAUCGGCAGCGAAUGCGCUGUCUGCGAGGAGCCCCUUGAGCAUACCUUGCGGGGUGAGCGGGUGCUCCAGUUUUCCUGCAGCCACGUGUCCCACGAAGCCUGCUUCUACGAAUAUAUUCGGGAAUCCGAGUCCCAAUAUUGUCCCACAUGCAAUGCGCCGUUAGGACUGGACACGAGCCGCGGUGGCAAUGUAUUGGAUAUCGAAAAAAUUAGUAACAUCGUGCGCUCGGUGACGAUGAACAAUGACAAUGCAACGUUAAGGAGUGGCGUUCAGACUCCUACUCCAUGGGAGACGCCAUCCUCCCACCGACCCCCUAGUGAAAUGGGGCAUCGCUACCCGCAAACUCCCCAGACAGCUCCCUUCACCCCUCAAACAGGAGUAUUCUCCCCCCAGAGUGCUGCUUUUACUCCCCAAACCGGAAACUUCUCUGUAAAUUAUUCGUCUCGACGUGGUAGUCACGAUACCUCGAGUCAGCGGGAACGCGUGGAACGGUUAACCGCCGCAGCCACUCGGGCGCCACACUCUCGCAAUGGCAGUGCAACUGGUUCUUCCGGCGACUACGAGGCCCAACAAACCGGCAGCGGCCGCCGCCAUGACUACGACGUGCAAGCUAUGGAGUCGGAAGUGGCUCCCCGUGCCGCGACUAUCAAAAACCCCAUUCCCGCUCCCAUUGUGACUGUGCGCAGCGAAUUCCCUACCAUGACUCGAUCCCGUCAGCAGCAAUCUCUUACUUGUCUGAUCACCGUCGAAGUCCCCGAGGGUAGUUGGCAUCCCAACUCGGAAGACUUGCGAGGUGCGCCAUCCGGCCAGCACAAUCUCGACGAACCUUUGUCUGCUCGCUUUGGUGGCUCACAAGAGGCCCGGUCUCUUCAGAUUGAGCCGACAGAAAACUUCGAUGAUAUUGCAGAAGAAUUGAGAACCCGAGUGGACAACUGGCACGGCCUCGAGUUCCAGCGCUUUGGCAAGUUACGAAUGUACGGUCACAUGCGCGUAGGCAAGGAUCGGGAAUCAUGGCAAGAGUUGGAAUGCUUCUUGUUUGCUGAAAUGCUCAUUUGUGUCAAGGAAAAGAAGAGCAAUGGCAAUACCCAGCAUCAGGUGGACGAGUCAGGAAAGCGCAAGCCAACUCGCUGUACUUUGAAGGGUUCCAUCUUGAUCAAGAAGCACUUGAAGUCCAUCGAGUCCUCAGGCGAUGAGAAUGUCCUCUCUCUCAACCUUUCCGUUAGCGAGCUUCCUUACUUCUAUCUGCAAUUCAACAGCCGCGAACAACUCGAGACCUGGCGACGGGCCUUGCAAGACCUUCACCUAGCGGACCAUUUGCUGCGUCCAAAUGAAUACGAACUCGAGUCGGGAACUGAGGAGGAAGACUUCCGUAACGGCCGGAUCCAACGUCAAGCGUCGCUCAAUUCAUCCCACGGUGCUAGCAAAUCCAACAACACUGCCAUUACAGAAUACACCAACCCAGACAUUGAAGCUCCUACGAUCGAUACUUUCCAUGUCCCUCUUGACCUCGUCGUCGUCAUCCCUGUUUCUUCAUCUAUGCAAGGCCUGAAGAUCACACUUCUGCGUGAUGCUCUCAAGUUCCUUGUUCAGAACCUUGGUCCCCGAGACCGCAUGGGACUCGUUACAUUUGGCUCUAGCGGCGGCGGAGUCCCCGUGGUCGGUAUGACCACGAAAAGCUGGAACGGAUGGAACAAGGUCCUGGAUUCAAUCCGUCCCGUUGGCCAGAAGAGUCUUCGUGCAGAUGUUGUGGAAGGCGCCAAUGUGGCUAUGGAUCUCUUAAUGCAGCGCAAGCUCAGCAAUCCCGUCUCAACGAUUCUACUUAUCAGCGACUCUUCCACCUCAGACCCUGAAAGUGUCGAUUUUGUCGUCUCUCGCGCCGAGGCUGCUAAAGUCAGCAUUCAUUCGUUCGGUCUCGGCCUCACACACAAGCCUGACACUAUGAUCGAGCUGUCCACUCGGACCAAGGGUUCCUAUUUGUAUGUAAAGGAUUGGAUGAUGCUGCGGGAAUGUGUCGCCGGUUGCUUGGGUGCUAUCCAGACCACUUCCCACCAGAAUGUGAAGUUGAAGCUUCAUCUGCCAGAGGGGUCACCGGCCAAAUUCGUCAAGAUCAGCGGUGCUCUGCACACUACUAAACGUGCUACUGGCCGAGAUGCUGAAGCAGCCCUGGGCGAUCUUCGUUUUGGCGAUAAGCGCGAUGUCUUGGUGCAACUGGCCAUCACACCCGACAGUGCUGCCCAAGAGAAUGCACCGCAGGAUGCCUGGGAGAGUCUCGUUUCUGGACUGGAGGCACUUGGCGGUUCGGAUGGCGACGGGGAGCGAGUGCUUAGCGUGGAGGAAGUCCCGUUGAUUCAAGCUGAUCUGACUUAUGGUGACCUUCUCCGCGAUGGUCACCUCACACACUCCCCACGCCCUUCACUCCUUGCCAUCACCAUGCUUCCGCCAAACCCUAGAGCCAAGUCGCAGCGCCCAUCCUCUCCUCCCAUCCCUCCUCACCCAUCUAUUGUCCAGCGUCGUAUGGAGCUACUUACCUCCGACAUGUUGACCCGAGCCCUGACUCUCGUGUCUCGCGGUCAACACGAUCGAGCCCAGCAUCUGCUGAAUGAGACCCGCAGUAUCCUCAAAGGCCUCGGUAAGGGUGGCUUGCCGCCUGUGCCGCCUGGCCGGCCAACUGGCAACAGCGAACCGGGCAGCCGAGUUGAUACUCCCAACUCGGACACAAAUACCUCGUCGUUCGCUGAGAAUUCUUCGUCAGCAUCUGACACAGCUACCAUCACCCCAGCCUCGUCCAUUGACACCGAGACUAUGAAAGCCCUGAAUGCUGAUCUAGACUCUGCGCUGGAAUGGAUCAACCACCCGGCCGUCUUUGGCCGCGACUCUCGCAAGGCUGUCCUGCAAAGUAUCGGAGUUAUCUCGUCACAACGUGCCUACACUUACCGCACUCCAUCUGAGGCCCAUUGGGCUCAACGGAUUGCCGGUGUUCGCCGUCUGACUGACCGAUCAAAGGACUGGCGUGAGAUGGGUGAUGACGCUUUAACCGAAGAGUAG